UUGUGCCCCCCCCGCCCCCUGACAGGAACGUGAUAAGGUGGUCCCACUGAUGAUCAGAGGCUUUAAGGAUGCUGCCGAGGAAGGUGGUACUUCGGUGACGGGGGGGCAGACGGUGGUGAACCCCUGGAUCAUCAUCGGAGGUGUGGCCACGGUGGUGUGCCAACCGAAUGAGUUCAUCAUGCCCGACAAUGCUGUUCCCGGAGACGUCCUGGUCCUGACCAAACCCCUGGGGACCCAGGUGGCAGUAAACAGUCACCAGUGGCUGGAAAAUCCCGAGAAAUGGAACAAGAUCAAACUGGUGGUGUCUCAGGAAGACGUGGAGCUGGCUUACCAGGAGGCCAUGUUCAACAUGGCCAGGCUGAACCGCACAGCCGCGGGCCUGAUGCACACCUUCAACGCCCACGCCGCGACGGAUAUUACGGGUUUCGGGAUCCUGGGCCAUGCCCAGAACCUGGCCAAGCAGCAACGCAGCGAGGUCUCCUUCGUGGUCCACAACCUCCCCAUCAUCGCCAAGAUGGCCGCCAUCAGCAAGGCCUGCGGCAACAUGUUUGGGCUGCUGCAUGGCACCUCGGCAGAGACUUCUGGAGGCCUCCUGAUCUGCCUACCACGGGAGCAGGCUGCUCGUUUCUGUGCCGAGAUCAAGUCCCCCAAGUACGGCGAGGGGCACCAGGCCUGGAUCAUUGGCAUUGUGGAGAAGGGCAACCGGACGGCGCGCAUCAUUGACAAGCCCAGGAUCAUCGAGGUGGCCCCAAGGGGAGCCUCCUCACCCCAGGACAACAAUUCCAGCGCCAGCCCUGAAACCCCAUCCUAAUGGGCACCUGAAACACUGUCUGAGCCGCAUGGGCCCACCCCUCCCCCACCAAGCUCGGUCCUGCACUCUAAUUUCAAUGUGGCACUGCCAUCUCCGGCUGCCAGCGUACACUACGGCAACACCCCCCUACCCCGUCUACUUUCCCAGCGCUGGGCACCCAACUUCCAAAAUACUGCCCCCAUUCCUGUGUAGGUCGGAAGCUUGCAGCUCAGACCUGACCCCCACCCCCCGAUUCGGAAGCACAAAUGGUUACCUGACUUUCUUCCCCUCCCCCCAACCCUCAGGAAUCGCUGAGCGACUGUGCCACCACCCCCCGCCUCCACAUCCCCUCCUGUUUGCUGGAGCUGUCUGAGACAGACCGUCUCCUCUCCCAGAGCCCCAUUCUCCCGUCAACCCCACUGCAGCGGGUGCCCCCCUUUCCCCCCGCCUCACGCGGGGGGGGGGGGGGGGGGAUCAGAACGAAAUCUCCCCCCCCCCCCCCCCACCACCGAAUCCCGGGUGUCUGUGGGCAAAGCGAGGGGGGGGUUUUAAUGUCCUGCUGGAUAUCACAGUGACAAGAAGAGGAUGGGGGGUGGGGUGGAAUUUCCCCUUUUCUCUCCCCCACACCCUCGGACAGUGACCAACCCCCCCCCACCCCCGAUU